AUGCCAGAAGAAAGUUUCUACUUCAAAGAUUUUCGCUUUCUUGUUGAUAUUCAACAAAACCCAGUUCCACUAGAUCUGAGAAUCGAUCUGUGCUCGACAUGGCAAGAACUCAAAGAGCAAUAUAAGCAAGCAAAGGAACUGGAUGUAUCCUGGCUUCGACAUCUGAUUACCACCACGUGUUCCGAUGCCCACCCGGGAGAGCUCGUCCUGCUCACCAAUGCCUUUCUCAGGACGGCCAUCACAACAAGAGAUAGCCUUCUACGACUCGCGCAACGCUUCGUGCUUCUUGACGGAAUUUAUCUCACGCUAUGCCAAGUUGGCAAGUUCACGCAACAAGCUCAAGAGAAAUGGGAGAGGGAAAAGGCGGAGAAAAGGAUCGAUACGAGUAGCGUUAUAGUGAAAACCGACAAAACCGUACUAAGAAUCGAGAGCAUUAUCGCUGAAAUCGAGUUCGAGAUAAGCGAAGCGAAGAAGUCUCUUCACGAGGGUAAAUGUCAUCUCCAAAAACCAUCUGCAAGUGACGUGUGUGAAAGAUCCUGUGUGAAACCCGAAGAAGAAGAAGAAGUGAAAGAUUUCGAAAUGGUGGAAGUGGAAGAUGAUCCUGGAGAUCACAAUAUGGAGAUCGAGGCGCAAGAUGGACCAGAUCGCUUCACAGAAGAGCAACCAGAGAAGCGACAAGAAAGCUCAAUCGCUCAAGAACUUUCCGAUGAAGACUAUUUAUUUCAGCUAAUUCGUGAAAACUCUGGAGAAGAAGAAGAGCAGGAGAUCAAUACUCAAAAAUGUGAAAACUCUGGAGAAAACGAAGAGCAGGAGAUCAAUAGUCAAGAAAGCUCACACGACGACUAUCAACAAAAGCGCUCAAUUCAAGAUAUCGGUAAAGACCUCGACGAUUUGGAGCGUGGUCUACGUCUACUCCCCACACGACGAAUCACAGAAAAGCUUCACCAGAUUAUGUUGUCCUGCUCGAUAGCCGCAUAA